UAUAAAAAGAGGAUUUACGGAUUGUCUCAUCACCCGUUUGAAUGAAACACGCGUAAUAACUCGCGUAACAAUAGCAGCGCUCCUGAGGACGCUGUUUGUUUCUCAUCGGCGCGGGACCUCAUGACGUCACUUCCUGUUGCCGGUUCUGUAGAUCAUCAUCAUCAUCAGAUGAUGAUGAAGACUCAGGAGGUGUUGGAGGAUGCUGUGGGCAGACGUGUGAGCUGUGAUGGAGAGAGAGGAACUGUCCGUUACGUUGGUCCAGUUCUUCCCACCACAGGACUGUGGUUGGGAGUGGAGUGGGAUGAUCCAGAGAGAGGAAAGCACGACGGGAGUCAUGAAGGAGUGCGAUACUUCACCUGCAGACACCCGACGGGCGGCUCGUUCGUUCGGCCCAAGAAGGCCAGCUUCGGUGUGGAUUACGUGACGGCUCUGAAGCAGCGCUACGAGGUGGAGCUACAGGAGGUUAUCGGAGAAGAGCUGAAGAUCUCCAGCAAAACCGUGAUGAUGGUCGGCUUCGAGGACAUCAAGCAGAAACAGAGGCUGGAGAACCUGACAGAAGUCGGUCUGAGGAGAUGCGAGGUGUCUGGUCCAGGUGCAGAGAACGAGAUCAGAAACACCACACCACUGGCUCAGUCUCUGGAUCUUUCUGGAAACCUGCUGAGCUCAUGGGAGGUGCUGGCGGCGAUCACCGAGCAGCUGGAGUCUCUGAGGGAGCUACAGCUCAGUCAAAACAGAUUGAGCAUCUCCAGUGAGCCGAGCCGUUUAAGCCCCGCCUUCUCCUGUCUGAGACUGCUGUCACUCAACAGCUGCGCGCUCACCUGGACUCAGGUCAGUUAUAUGAGCUUAUAUGUUGUUUUGCUUUGUGCUUAUUCUCUAGUGCACUGAAUUAUUACAUAUUUA